AGCCCAAGAGGUUGAGGCUUUAGUGAGCUGUGAUCACACUACUGCAUUUCAGCCUGGGCGACAGAUAUCUCAAAAAGGAUGAGCAUUUUCUGUGUAACUGGAGACUUCCGAAGAGCUGCAGGGCAUUUUUUGAAAUCCCGAGUGGUGCUCUUUCUCCCUUGUGUUUUCUUGGGUUCCUGGGCCCUGCCUGGGUGGUGGGGUAGAAGCCAGUGCUGGGCAGGGCUGGUCACAGCUCAGGUGCAUCCUCUCCUCCUCCCUCUGCACCUCAUGUGGACCUCCCGGCUCCGUGCAGAGGACCCCAGCAUGCAGGAUGUGCACAACCCUGCCAACAGCCCCCAGAUGCCUUUGGGCCAUCGGGAGUCCCCUUCCUCAGACUCCAGAGGCCAGUGGUGGGCAGCCCAGGAGCACCCCUCAGCCCGGGGUGACCCCAGGGGAGAACGAGGUGAUCCCAGAGGUGACCAGGGCACCCACCUGUCAGCCCUGGGCCCCGCUCCCUCUCUGCAGCAGUCCUCAUUCCAGCAACCCCUGUGGUCUGGCUCAGGGCCCCAUGACUGCAGACACAGUCCUCAUGGCUGCUGCCCCGAUGGCCACACAGUGUCUCUCGGGCCACAGUGGCAAGGCUGCCCCACAGCCCCCUGUCAGCAGAGCAGGUACGGGUGCUGCCCUGAUGGCGUAUCUGUUGCUGAGGGGCCCCAUCACGCUGGUUGCACAAGGUCAUACAGCGGAGAGAGCGCUGGGAGCAGGCCCAGGUCAAGGGCAGUGGUUUCUACAGUCCACCAUACCCACCAGCCCCAGGCCCAGCAGAAUGAGCCCACUGAGUGCUGGGGCUCCCAGUUUGGCUGUUGCUAUGACAACGUGGCCUCUGCAGCUGGUCCCCUUGGGGAAGGCUGUGUGGGCCAGCCUAGUCAUGCCUAUCCCGUGCGGUGCCUGCUGCCCAGCGCCCAUGGCUCUUGUGCAGACUGGGCUGCCCGCUGGUACUUCGUCGCCUCUGUGGGCCGAUGUAACCGCUUCUGGUAUGGUGGGUGUCAUGGCAAUGCCAAUAACUUUGCUUCGGAGCAAGACUGCAUGAACAGCUGCCAGCCUCUCCACGGGCCCCGCCAUCCCCAGCCUGGGGCCUCUGGCCAGAGCACCCACACAGAUGGUGGUGGCAGCAGUCCUGCACGCCAGCAGGAACCCAGCCAGCACAGGACAGGGGCUGUGAUGCAGAGAAAGCCCUGGCCUUCUGGUGGUCUCUGGCGGCAAGACCAAAAUCCUGGGCCAGGGGAGGUCCCCCACAGGCAGGCCUUUGGAGAAUGGCCUCGGGAGCAGGAGCUUGAGGCCAGGGUCCCUGGACUGGGCGGAGAUGCUGGAUGGCCAGUGCCACCCUUCCAUAGCUCCUCCUACAGGAUUAGCUUGGCAGGUACAGAGCCCUCCUUGGUGCAGGCGGCUCUGGGACAGUUGGUGCGGCUCUCCUGCCCAGAUGACACUGCCCCAGAAUUCCAGGCUGCCUGGCAGAAAGAUGGCCAGCCCAUCUCCUCUGACAGGCACAGGCUGCAACCCGAUGGCUCCCUGAUCAUCCACCCCCUGCAGGCAGAGGACGCGGGCACCUACAGCUGUGGCAGCACCCGGCCAGGCCACAACUCUCAGAAGAUCCAGCUUCACAUCAUAGGGGGUGACAUGGCUGUGCUGUCUGAGGCUGAGCUGAGCCGCUUCUCUCAGCCCAGGAAUCCACCUCAGGACUUCGGCCAAGGUGGCACUGCUGGGGUCCUGGGGGUCAUCCCCUCCUCACACCCACAGCCUGCAAACUGGCUGCGUUUGGACCGGAACCAGCCCCAGGUGGUGGACACCAGUCCAGGCCAGCAGAUCCGGCUGACCUGCCGCGCCGAAGGCUUCCCACCCCCAACCAUUGAGUGGCAGAGAGAUGGGCACCCUGUCUCUUCUCCCAGACACCAGCUGCGGCCUGAUGGCUCCCUGUUCAUCAGCCAAGUGGCUGUAGAAGAUGGCGGCUUUUACACCUGUGUCGCUUUCAAUGGGCAGGACCGAGACCAGCGAUGGGUCCAGCUCAGAGUUCUGGGGGAGCUGACAAUCUCAGGAAUGCCCCCUACUGUGACAGUGCCUGAAGGUGACACUGCCAGGCUGUUAUGUGUGGUAGCAGGAGAAAAUGUGAACAUCAGGUGGUCCAGGAAUGGGCUACCCAUGCAAGCUGACGGCCACCGUGUCCACCAGUCCCCAGAUGGCACGCUGCUGAUUUACAACUUGCGAGCCAGGGAUGAGGGCUCCUACACAUGCAGCGCCUACCGGGGGAGCCAGGCAGUCAGCCACAGCACCGAGGUGAAGGUGGUCUCACCAGCACCCACUGCCCAGCCCAGGGACCCUGGCAGGGAAUGCAUCGACCAGCCAGAGCUGGCCAACUGUGAUUUGAUCCUGCAGGCCCAGCUCUGUGGCAAUGAGUAUUACUCCAGCUUCUGCUGUGCCAGCUGUUCCCGUUUCCAGCCUCACGCUCAGCCCAUCUGGCAGUAGGGAUGACGGCCAGCUCCAGCCCCAAUCCAAAUACUUCACAGGGCUGGGGAGAAAGGAAAAUGGACUCUUGGCUUCCUCUCUGGCUGGCAAACAGAGUUAUCAUCUGGAAUACAUUAGCUCUUUCAAAAACCCACCUAGUGUUUAGCCUAAACAGCAGCAAGUACCAGCUUCCCUCUGUAGCUUUCAGCAGUGUUUGCAUCUCUGACAUAAACAUAGGCUACUGUUGUCAAGAAGAGCUAUCUGUUUGGUUAAGAACAACCUUUACUUUUUAAAGAUUUCCUUUAUAAUUUCUGUUAGACAGGACUAGUCCAAUGCAUUUUUUUUUUUUUUUUUUUUGAGACAAGAGUUUCACUCUUGUUGCCCAGGCUGGAGUGCAAUGGUGUGAUCUUGCCUCACCGCAACCUCCGCCUCCCAGGUUCAAGUGAUUCUCCUGCCUCAGCCUCCUGCGUAGCUGGGAUUACAGGCAUGCGCCACCACACAUGGCUAAUUUUGUAUUUUUAGUAGACAUGGGGAUUCUCCAUGUUGGUCAGGCUGGUCACAAACUCCCGACCUCAGGUGAUCCGCCUGCCUUGGCCUCCCAAAGUGCUGGGAUUACAGGUGUGAGCUCCCGUGCCUGGCCCAUCAAUGGUGUUUUAAAGCUAGCUAUCAGGGCUCCACUUGAUUUAAAGCUGGGCAGGGACAUGUGUAAUGAUUUCAAAGUUAACACCUGUUUUAUAAGGGGAAUGCCAACUCCUGCUGUAUCAGGAAAGUAUUCUGUGCUAGAACCAACCAUAGUUCAUUGUUCUAGUCUCUUUCACCCUUCUAGGCAGUGCUGCAAUCACUAAAUCUGGUGCAGAGGGUUAACAGCAUAACCCUUAUUGGCAAAAUGGAAUAGAUGUAAGACCUCAAAUAGCGAUUUGGGAUUAAACAGCUGCAGGUAGCACUGCUACCAGAGCAUGAAAGAACUGGAAAAGCUCCUUACAUCAUCGAGAAUGUUGGACCUUGAAGGACGCAAAGCUGGCUGUGAAGGUUCUUCUGACACUUGUCUAAAGCUGACCAGCCUGCUCUGUACAGUGACAAUGAAGAGCCCCUCUCUUCCUUAAGUAGGAAUCUGUGAAGAAAAAUUCUUGCUGCCAGAGAAAAAUCAGACUGUGAUUAAAAACAGCAUUAGCAGGAUGGAGAUACCAAUGGGGAAGGGUUGUGGGCAAUGUAGUAACAGGGAAAUGGUUUCAGAAAUGGCUUGAGUUGGAAGACAUCAUUCUUCAUCUCUCAGAACCUCUAAUUCUUUUUGCUAAAACAAAAGGCAUGAAUUCUAUGAGAUUCCAAGUCCCUUUCCACUUUUUAACCUUCUACAAAUCUUCCAGAGGACUGCCUAGUAGCAAAGGUUAUUCCUGGACACAGGAAAGACAGGCAUUACAGGGACCAAAGCUCUGAAAGGUGACUUUUAUUACCAACACACUGGAUGGAAAAGGGACAAACCACAUCAUGGGUGAGUGAUACUUCUCAGUCUACUAUUCAUUCAACAAAGGAAACGUGGGCUGGGGCAGAGGUCUUUUUUCAUCUAAUAGUGCAAAAAUACUGAAGAGCAUCCACGUUCACUUACCAUGGCUGAUUUUGCCAUAGAAAUUGGAAAAUAAAGGCCACUUUCUUGGAGUUCCCAGUUUAAUUAAAUCAGAAUUUGGCCUAUUGGUAUAAACACAUCACAAGGUAAGUUUGAGGUUAACUAGCAGCUAACUAGUUCUAAUAACAGAACCAGUCACAGAAUAGUGGGCUAAGAUUAGAGAUAUAACUCAUUCUAGGCCAGUGGGUCACAACUUUUUACCAUAUUGUGAG